AUGAUGUUUCGGUCCACCUCCGAAUUCGUCCAGGUGCAGCCGGACAUGACGCUUCACGUUGACCGCUCGUACCCUGCCAUCCCCGUCCGUUUCGAAGCGACGGACGCCGAUAAAAAGAUCACUCUUAUUUUAAUUCACUUUUGGGGAGGCUCAUCCGGCAGGUGGGACGUCCUAUGUGAGCUCAUUGCGCGCCAAUUCCCAAUUCUGUCCCUGGAUUUCCGCGACUGGGGUCGAUCCGCGGGACCAGACGAUAGGGGCGCGUUCUCCAUUGCCCAUCUCGCCGAUGACGUCGAGGCCAUUAUAAAUCACUGUAAGAUUGAACGUUGCAUCAUCGUCGGCCACUCCAUGGGAGCCAAGGUCGCCUCAGCAGUGGCAGGCCGGCGUACCGUCUCUGGUCUGCUCGGUGUGGCGUUCGUUGCCCCGGCGCCGCCUACACCACUUGCUCUUCCGGAGGCCAUGCGAGAGCAGCAAAUUCAUGCGUACGAUACGGCGCAGAGCGCAGAGUUUGUCGUACGCAACGUUCUCUCUGCCGGCGGUCUGUCCAACGCCACUGUCAAGGCCGUCGUGGCGGAUGCCUUACAGGGCAGUGAGAUGGCCAAGGCGGGCUGGCUGGACUACACCAUGGCGGAGGACGUCGUCAGCCUUGCCAGAGACAUCAGUGUGCCCGUUGCGGUAUAUGCAGGUUGGAAGGAUGUGGUCGAGCCAUUGGCACGUGUUAAGCAGGACGUCUGCGGGCAUACUAGGGGGGCUAUCUUAACGGUCCUCGAGGACUCCGGCCAUCCCAUGCCCCUGGAAUGCCCGGAAGAGCUCGGAAGGCACAUUCUCAACUUUUCGAGGAGUGUGACAUGA